AAAAAAAAUUUUGUAAUUAUGCGACUUGGAAGAUUAUUGAAUCAUAAAUUUUUAUUAAAUUGUUGUAAUGUUGUAUUUCUGGCUUGUGGAACUGGUUUAGUAUUUGGUGGAUUUCAAUUAUUCUCAGAUACACAUAGAAUACUAUUAUCACGAUUAUUGGCAUCAGCAAGUGAACGUUUAAAUGAAUUACCACAUCCAUUAUUUUUCUAUAUAGCAUUAGCAUUGGCUGGUUCUGGUGUUAUAGCUAUUAUUGCAUCAAUUCUUGGAUUUUGGGCAUCAUGUUUAAAUACAUACUGUUUUCUUACAUUAUAUUUUCUAACUGUUAUUAUACUUUUAUUAAUACAAGCAGCUGCAUGUAUUGCAAUAACAAUAUGGCCACAUUGUCUUGGUUUAAAUUUAGAUGAAAUUAAAAUGGUUAAAGCAUUGGGUAAUUUUUAUGGUGUACCUGGUAAAGAACAAUUUACAAUUGCAAUGGAUUUAGCACAAACAAAAUUUAAUUGUUGCGGUAUGAAUAGUGAUUCAAAUUAUGAGACAUCAUUAUGGCGUCUUCAAGGAUAUGGACAAAGAGAUUGGCCAGUACCAUUAACAUGUUGUGUAUUACAAAAUAAAUAUGAACGUACAUCAUAUUUAGAUCCGAAACCAAUUAAUAUUAGUCAAUGUGAAUCAUUAUUAAAAUCAGAUUUUGAAAGAACACGACAUAAAGAAUCAUGUAUUGGACAUUUAGAUCAAUGGUAUCGUGAACAAUAUGUUUUAUUUCUUGGUACAUGUUUAAUAAUUGCAAUAGUAGAAUUUUGUGUUCUUCUCAGUAUUGUCUUAAAUUGUACAUAUUUGGCUAGAAAAGCAAAAUUAAAUGAAUUAUUUGAAUUACAUUAUCCAACAGCAAAACAACAGAUGAGAAAUUUAAGACCAAGACCAGGACAACCUCCACAUUUUAAUUCAAUGAUUGUAGAAAAUAUUUAUGAGCCGAGUAUUGGAAUUGCAGCAACAGCAAUAAAUACUUCUGGUAAUCAUGGUGCUAUUAUGGGUGGAUUACCACCACCUCCUCCACCAAGUGUUAUAAGCGAUCCAGCACGAAGUCAGUAUCAUAUUUCAAGAAGUUAUUUAGUAUAA